AGCUGUCAAAGCGAGAAGGAGCAACAAAAAAACAUUUCUUUUGUUUAGCCAAUGUGUUGUUCUGCGCGAUUUUAGAACCACAAACAUUAUAACGCAAUAAAACACACCUCCCACCGCAAAUGCUCUACUAUAGGCUGUAGUAAGUAAGUUUGGAACACAUCCUGGCACAAUCCUGCACGGUUUCUGGUACAACUAUUGCUUGCAACGUGUGCGAAAGUACAGCCAGCGCUAGAGCUACAUGGUAAAGCACUGCCAGGAGAGGGGCGAUCAAAAUGGCUGACCAACGACCAAGCACUUCUCAGCAGGCGACGCAGCAGCAGCAGCAGAAACAGCAACAGGAAGAAAGUCGCAACGGCCGCAAACGCAGACUUUCCAUGAAUCGGAAAAAGGGCAACAAGAAGGGCGCCCGCAAGCAGCAGGAGGAAGCGGGCGAACCGACCAGCAUGCUGCUCCAGCCACUCGUCCAAAGCUUGAGCACGUGCGCCCCGGGCAGCGAAAUGAGCGCACUGAUCGCGGCCCUGCAGCCCGCACCCGCCGACGUGGAGAUGGUGCUGAACAUGGUGAAGGACGAUCUGAACCGGGUGCUCAAUCUGCCCAACAAUCAGGCCACCAUCUACGAGUUCGGCUCGAUCAAGUCGGGCCUGCUGCUGAAGGACAGCGAUCUCGACUUCUAUAUCCACUACGCGCGCGAAAAGACGGAGCGCGAGGAGCAGAUCAAGCUGAUACACGUGGUCUGCAGCCGCAUGGACCGGGACACCAGCUUCACCGGCAAGGUGAAGAUACUCGGCGCGAAGGUACCGCUGCUGCGGGCGGUCCACGUGCGCACCAAUCUCCAGUGCGACAUCAACUUUAGCAAUGCGCGCGGCUGCUACAACAGCAAGUUCAUCCACGCGAUCAUGAAGUUUGACGAGCGCAUCCACCAGCUGACGGUGAUGGUGAAGUUUUGGGCGCAGUGUGCCCACAUCCUCACGGCCCACCAUCAGAUGAACUCCUACUGCCUGAUCAUGAUGGUGAUCUUUUACCUGCAGACGCGCAAGCUGCCCGUCAUACCGUCGGUGGAGGACCUGCAGCAGGGCAUCGCGCGCAUCACCUUCGGGCCCUGGAACCUGGGCUACCCGCAGCAGAUACAGUACAAAACGUGGAACGUUAGCACGGUGCGCGAGCUGCUGGUCGGCUUCUUCAAGUACUACUCCGAGUUUGACUUUGCGGGCAACAUCAUCUCGCCGUACGUGGGCCGGCUCUGCUCGACGGUCGAGCUGGAGAAGAAGUCGAUCCGCGAGCUGGCCCCGUACUAUCGGGCGGUGGAGAGGGAAAACUAUCCGGAGCUGUCGCUCGGCCCGUUCAUCACGAUACAGGACCCGUUCGAGCUGAACGUGAACGUGGGCAAGGUGUUGCGCAUGAACGUGCUGGCGGAGCAGAUGAAGCACAGUCUGAAGCAUGCGUACGAGCUGUGCCAGCGGUUUCAGGGCGGCGAGUUUGCGAAACUGCUCGUGGCGCUGUUUACCGACGUGCAGAAGUGCCCGAAACCGGUCAAGGAAUCGAAAGCAGCUGCCAAAAAACCCACGACCAAUGCCGGUGCGAAGCCAGCUGGUGGUGAUACCGCCGUUGCUAAUGGGACGGUGGUUGAAAAGCAGCAGCAACCGGGACCAUCGUCAUCCACCAACAGUAGUAGCGGCAGUAGUAGUACCAGCAACAGCAAUGGUUCUACUGCCGCUCCGCCUGCAGGGGUGGGCAAGAACGGUUGCUGGUACAAGUGUACCCUGCCGCCGAUCGAGCACGAGCUGUACCUGGUGAAGCAGAUCCUGCAGGCCCGGGACCGGGAGCGCAAAACCAUCAUCACGGACGAGCGCGUCCGGCACCUGUGGGCCGAAUGUAUGCUCGACUUUAUCGUGGACAUUCUGCGCAAGCUGUACAUGGUAAAGGUGGAACCAAUCGGCACGGCGGAAGAAAAGGAACCCACACCGGCAGAACCACACCAGCCGAACCCGGUGCGAACGUACCAGCUGACCUGCGAGCGGCAGGUGUUCAUUGCCCGCAAGCGCAUCACCAUCUCGAACGAGGCGGACCUGCAGCGGGAAAUCGCAAUCUCCAAACAGCGGUGGGAGAAGAACCACGCGCUGCAGUUUAGUACGCGGGCGGAGAUGGUCGCCGUCGACGGUGCGAUCGAGCUGCGCAUACCGAACGAUCAGCCGAAGAAUGGGCCGUUCCGGCUGUUCAUCGACACCUGCUUUCUGGUGCACAUUCGCAAGUGCUUGCGCGGCUACUUUAUGGUGAUGCUGGCCAAGGCGAAGGAAAAGGCAAACCAGCAGCCGGCCAGCAGGAGCGAGACGGCUGCGGAGGAGCACCGACCCGCCGGGGAACGGUGUAAGCUCUAGUGGGGUGAAGGUGGGACCACCGGGAGCAACAAGUAUACAGGACAGCAACGGGCUACGGGUUCGUCGGUCGGUCGCUCGGUACCAUCGAUCGAAAGUUAAAAGUAGACUCACACAGAAUUUUCACACAAAAACUGACGACACAUUAGCAUCGUAGGAUAGACAUUGUGAACGUACUACUUUUACGUUAUCUAUUAGGGAUAAGCAUUAGUGACGCCUGGGGUAAGCGGUGAGAUUUUUUUUCGCGUUUUAAUUACAUUUUUAAAACAACUUGUUUGUUCGCUUAAAUCACUUCCCCCUGCUGAAUGAUUGUUUCGGGAAAGCACAAUUAUUAAUUAUUACUAUUAACAUUUUCAUUCAACAGUACAACGUGUACAGAGGGAAGGCUUACCGUUGUUUUCGGUACGAACUUGUUUGAAGUCUAAAAAGUGCAACAACAACAAAAAGAAAAGAAAAAAGAGACGAAUAUUUCAGUUGAAAUAAAUAUUAUUCUGCCGUUAA